UCCCGUCUGAGUCGCGCGGGCCUUGGUCUCAGUCGGCCUUUUCUGCUCCAGUAGGCUUUGGUGCCUCCGCCACAGCUUCUGUGGCGCCGUCACCUACGCGGUGAACUACACCGGUCUCGAGCGCAGUAGCGAGGACGCCGGACACCUUGGAAGGCGGGAAAUGGACUCAGUGGCCUUUAAGGAUGUGGCUGUGAACUUCACCCGGGAGGAGUGGGCUUUGCUGGAUCCUUCUCAGAAGAAGCUCUACAGAGAUGUGAUGUGGGAAACCUUAAGGAACCUGGCUGCUAUAGGGAGAAAAUGGAAAGACCAGAACAUUGAAGAUCAGUACAAAAAUCCCAGGAGAAAUCUAAGAAUUCUUAUGGCAGAGAGACUCUUUGAAAGUCAACAAGGUAGUGAGUGUAAAGAAAACUUCAGCCAUGUUCCAGAUCACAUGCUGAACAAGAAAAGUCCUGGAGUAAAACCUUGUGAAAGCAGUGUGUGUGGAGAAGUCUCCGUUGGUCAUUCAACCCUUAACAGUCACAUUAGAGCUGACACUGGACACAAACCAUACGAGUUUAAGGAAUAUAGAAAAAAGGCAUACACACGUAAGCAACGUGAGAAAGACUUCAGUUGUCGCUACUCUUUCCGAACACGUGAAGGGCCUCCCACUGGAGAGAAACCCUAUGAUUGUAAGGAAUGUGGACAAACCUUUGUUCAUCUCACAAGUUUUCAAAGACACAUGGUGAUGCACAGUGGGGAUGUAUGUUAUAAAUGUGAAUUAUGUGGAAAAGCAUUUGCUUCUCUCAAUCCGUAUCUUGUACAUGAAAGACUUCACACUGGAGAGAAAGCAUAUGAAUGUAAACAGUUUGGUAAAGCUUUUGGUUGGUCUCGUUCCCUUCAAGUACAUGAAAGGGCUCACACUGGAGAAAAGCCAUAUGAAUAUAAGGAAUGUGGGAAAGCCUUCAGUUACACCACUUCCUUUCAAAGACAUAAAAGGACUCACACUAAAGAGAAGCUGUAUGAAUAUGGACCUUAUAAAUGUAAGAUAUGUGGGGAAGCCUUCUGUUCUGCCAUUUCAUUUCAAAAACAUAAUAGGACUCAUAUUGGAGAGAAGCCCUAUGAAUGUAAGAUAUGUGGUAAAGCCUUUAGUUACACAUACAUUCGAGUACAUGAAAGGAUUCACACUGGAGAGAAAACAUAUGCAUGUAAACACUGUGGUAAAGCUUUUCGUUGGUCUCGUUCCCUUCAAAUACAUGAAAGGGCUCACACUGGAGAAAAGCCAUAUGAAUGUAAGGAAUGUGGGAAAACCUUCACCUUCUGUUCUCCCACUUUAUUUCAAAAACAUAAUAGGACUCAUAUUGGAGAGAAGCCCUAUGAAUGUAAGAUAUGUGGUAAAGCCUUUAGUUCCACAUACAUUCGGAUACAUGAAAGGAUUCACACUGGAGAGAAACCCUAUGAAUGUAAGAUAUGUGGUAAAACCUUUCGUUGUUCUUCUUCCUUUCGCGCUCAUGAAAGGACUCACACUGGAGAGAAGCCCUAUGAAUGUAAGAUAUGUGGUAAAGCCUUCACCAGUUCCAUGUACACUCGAAUACAUGAGAGAAAUCACACUGGAGAAAAACCCUACAAAUGUAAGGAAUGUGGGGAAACCUUUAGUAGUUUCUCUUACUGUCGAAAUCAUGAAAGGACUCACACUGGAGAGAAACCCUAUAAAUGUGAGGAAUGUGGGAAAGCCUUCAGUCGUUCCAGUGUCCGUUCAAGACAUAAAAAAAGGCAUACUAUGAAGAUAUGA